UCCAGGGCAUGAGUGUCCGCAGUGAUGAAGAUGAGGCAGACUCCUCUUCCGUGGUGUAUGACACCAAAGUGCAAGGACGCUCACGGUUUUCACCACAUAAUUACCUGGAAUCAAGAAUGAAGCAUGUGGAUCUGACACUGGGCGAUUUGGAAGAGUUGGAAAAGGAGCAGUUCUGUGUUGAACUGGAGCGUCCAGACAGUAUUGUGAAGACUCUGAGACUGAAUGACAGCCGCUUGUCAGAGCGAUGCCGUGCAGCACUGACCGCAGCUCUUUCGUCGAAGACAUCCCGUCUGAGAGAGCUGCACUUGAGUGGAAUUAAAUUCGAGGAGGAUUCAGGAGUGACGCGCCUAUUUGAUGCACUGGCGAGUGAACACUGCAACCUCAGGACUCUAAGACUUAUUCACUGUGAAUUAAAUGAGGAAAACUGUGGCUCGCUGGACUGUGCCUCACAUCUCAAGGAACUGGAUCUGAGUCUUAACCGCCUGCAGGAUGAAGGAGUGAAUGCUCUGUGUACUCUACUGAACAAUCAAAUUGUCACACUGGAAAAGUUGUCCCUCGUGGACUGUGGCUUAACAAAGCAGAGCUGUGCCUCUCUGGCUUCUGUAUUCGAGUCUGAGCGCUCACACCUCAAACAUCUGGAUCUCAGUCUGAACAACCUGCGAAACUCAGGAGUGGAAUCUCUGUGUGCCGGCUCCAGGACUCUGCUCUGGACACUGGAAUACCUGAGGCUUUCGCACUGUAAAUUAACAAAGCACAGCUGCGCCGCUCUGGCGUCCACAUUCAAGUCUCAGCUCUCCCACCUCAAAGUGCUGGAUCUGACUGGAAACCAUCUGAUGGAUUCAGGGAUAAGGGUGCUGUGUACAGGACUAAAGAAUCCGCAAUGUACGAUGAAAACUCUGAAGCUGAGUCACUGCGACUUGUCAAAGACAAGCUGUGGUCAUUUGGUUUCGGUAUUAACGUCCAAACCUUCCCAUCUCCAAGAGCUGGACCUGAGUUUUAACUGUCUGCAAGACGAUGGAAUCGUCCAGCUGUCCCUCGGACUGAGCAAUCCCAACUGCGGAUUGAGCAAACUGUGGCUGAGUUAUUGCGAGUUCUCAGAUCGAGGCUGUGCUGCUCUGAUCAGAGCUCUGAAAACACACUUUCAUCCGAUUUUGCUCGAUAUCAGUGGAAAUAAGUUGAGCUAUGAAGGAGUGAUGUUACUGGAGGAAGUGAAGAACAGCUCAGACAACAGAGAGCAGACUUUGAGGGUGGAAUACGACGCACUACCUUCAUGUCUUCACAGCUUGAAAGAUGGUGGCGUACUACCUCCCCAGAAUUUGGAUAAAAAAACAACAAAGACUGAAAUGGAACCUUUGACCAGCAAGUUGCUUCUUGAAGAUUGGAAAUAUUCUGGUCCUGCUUUGCAAGGGUUAGAAAGUGAAGCAGCUGCCGAAGUACCAGCGUCACCGUCAUCCACAUUGUCAUCACCGCCACCAUCAUCUGAUGGCAAGUAUACUCUCAUCUACUGGUAG